AUGUCCAGUUCGCCUUUGUCUAAGAAACGGUGCGUGUCCAAACCUGAUCCAAAGCCAGGUUCUAAUCACUCCCCUGCCCACCUCAUACCAGCUGAAGCUGCCACAGCAUCUGCCAACGGGAUGGCAAAAAAUGGAAGUGAACCAGAUAUAGAUGAAGGACUAUACUCAAGACAACUAUAUGUCUUGGGACAUGAAGCAAUGAAAAGGUUACAAACAUCCAAUGUUCUGAUAUCUGGCCUCCGUGGCCUUGGUGUUGAGAUUGCAAAGAACAUCAUCCUUGGUGGUGUCAAGGCUGUUACUCUACAUGACCAGGGUAUUGCUCAGUGGGCUGACCUCUCUUCUCAGUUUUAUUUACAAGAGGAAGAUAUAGGCAAGAAUCGUGCUGAAGCAUCACGGUCUCACCUGGCUGAGCUAAACACUUACGUACCUGUUUGUGCAUAUACAGGUCCUCUUACUGAAGACUUCCUGAGCAAUUUCCAGGUAGUCGUUCUCACAAACUCACCCCUAGUGGAACAGUUGGAUGUUGGUGAAUUUUGCCAUAGUCAUGCUAUUAAGCUGGUAGUGGCUGAUACUCGCGGCCUCUUUGGGCAGCUGUUUUGUGACUUUGGGGAGGAAAUGGUCUUAAUUGACUCAAAUGGAGAACAGCCGCUCAGUGCCAUGGUCUCCAUGGUAACCAAGGACAGCCCAGGGGUAGUAACCUGCCUGGAUGAGACACGUCAUGGGUUUGAGAGCGGUGACUUUGUAUCCUUCACUGAGAUACAGGGUAUGAGUGAGCUUAAUAGCAGUCCGCCUGUGGAAAUCAAAGUCCUAGGCCCAUAUACCUUCAGCAUCUGUGACACAACCGCAUUCUCAGACUAUGUUCGAGGUGGCAUUGUCAGCCAAGUUAAAGUGCCCAGGAAGAUCAAUUUUAAAUCGCUGACCAAAGCUUUGGCUGAGCCAGAUUUCGUGAUGACAGACUUUUCCAAGUUUUCUCAUCCACCUCACUUGCACAUAGCUUUUCAGGCUCUACAUAAGUUCUGCAGCCAGAAUGGCCGACUUCCUCGUCCCCAAAACCAGACAGAUGCCACAGAAAUGGUUGGACUGGCACAGGUGGUAAAUGAAUCUGCCCCACCCCAGGUGCAACAGAAAAACUUAGAUAAGGAACUAGUGCGACAGCUGGCUUAUAUGGCAGCUGGAGACUUAGCUCCUAUCAAUGCCUUUAUUGGGGGUCUGGCUGCUCAGGAAGUAAUGAAGGCCUGCUCAGGAAAAUUCAUGCCUAUCAUGCAGUGGCUUUACUUUGAUGCCCUGGAGUGUCUUCCUGAGGAUAAGGAGACCCUGACCAAGGCCAACUGUUACCCGAGGCAGACUCGGUAUGAUGGACAAGUGGCUGUUUUUGGCUCUGACUUACAAGAAAAAUUGGGAAAACAGCGAUUUUUCCUGGUUGGAGCUGGGGCUCUUGGCUGUGAACUACUCAAAAAUUUCGCCAUGAUGGGCCUAGGCUGUGGGGAAGGUGGAGACAUUACUGUUACAGACAUGGACAUCAUCGAAAAGUCCAAUCUCAAUCGGCAAUUCCUCUUUCGGCCUUGGGAUGUUACAAAGCUGAAAUCAGAUACAGCAGCUGCUGCUGUGCGACAAAUGAAUCCACAGAUACAUGUAACUAGUCACCAAAACCGAGUGGGACCUGACACAGAACGAAUCUAUGAUGAUGAUUUUUUCCAGACCCUGGAUGGUGUGGCCAAUGCACUGGACAAUGUUGAUGCCCGAAUGUAUAUGGACAGACGUUGUGUGUACUAUCGGAAACCAUUGUUAGAGUCAGGCACACUAGGAACCAAAGGGAACAUCCAGGUCGUGAUACCUUUCCUGACAGAAUCUUACAGCUCCAGCCAAGACCCCCCUGAGAAAUCCAUCCCUAUCUGUACACUGAAGAACUUUCCCAAUGCUAUUGAGCAUACACUUCAGUGGGCCCGGGAUGAGUUUGAAGGCCUCUUCAAGCAACCAGCAGAGAAUGUUAACCAGUACCUCACGGACCCAAAGUUUGUGGAGCGAACUCUGAGAUUGGCAGGGACACAGCCUCUAGAGGUGCUAGAAGCUGUCCAUAGGAGCCUAGUGUUGCAGCGCCCUCAUGACUGGACUGACUGUGUACGCUGGGCCUGCCUUCAUUGGCACGCCCAGUAUGCCAACAAUAUCUGUCAACUUCUGCACAACUUUCCUCCAGAACAGCUCACAAGCUCUGGUACCCCUUUCUGGUCUGGACCUAAAAGAUGCCCACAUCCCCUUAUCUUUGAUGUAACAAAUCCUUUGCACCUGGAUUAUAUCAUGGCAGCUGCCAAUCUCUUUGCACAGACAUAUGGACUAACAGGCUCAAAGGACCGGGCUGCAGUUGCUACUCUUUUACAGACAGUGCACAUCCCCAAGUUCACCCCUAAAUCUGGUGUCAAGAUUCAUGUUUCUGAUCAGGAGCUACAGAGUGCUGGUGCAUCUGUUGAUGACAACCGCCUGGAGGAACUGAGAACUAUGCUUCCUAGCCCUGAGAAGUUGCCCGGCUUCAAGAUGUCCCCAAUUGAUUUUGAGAAGGAUAAUGAUAGUAACUUCCACAUGGAUUUCAUUGUGGCUGCAUCUAACCUACGUGCUGAGAACUAUGACAUUCCCCCUGCCGAUAGGCAUAAGAGCAAAUUGAUUGCGGGAAAGAUCAUCCCAGCCAUUGCCACAACUACUGCUGCAGUGGUUGGUCUUGUCUGUCUGGAGCUGUAUAAGGUGGUUCAGGGACACAAGCGGCUUGAAGCCUAUAAAAAUGGUUUCCUCAAUCUUGCCCUACCUUUCUUUGGCUUCUCUGAACCUAUUGCUGCACCCCGUCACAAGUAUUAUGACCAUGAGUGGACUCUCUGGGACCGCUUCGAAGUCAAGGGGUUCCAGCCUGGUGGUGAGGAAAUGACUCUCAAACAGUUCCUGGAUUAUUUCAAGACAGAGCACAAGUUGGAAAUCACAAUGUUGUCUCAAGGUGUUUCCAUGCUCUACUCUUUCUUUAUGCCAGCUACAAAACUCAAGGAGCGACUGGAUCAGCCAAUGACAGAGAUUGUGAGCCGAGUGUCAAAGAGGAAGUUGGGCCGCCAUGUGCGAGCAUUGGUACUGGAACUCUGCUGCAAUGAUGAUAGUGGUGAGGAUGUAGAAGUGCCUUAUGUGCGCUAUACCAUCCGCUGA